GUAGAAGAAGAACACUUCCGGUUCAUGUAUCAUCGUUCUUCCGGCAGCUGAUUACCCAAACAAGUCAUGGCGGAGCAAGGAGCAGAAGGAACCGGGAAAGCUACGCUAACAGCGGCGGAGAAACAACUCUUCCGCCGCCGACAGGAGCUCGACUACUGGAAGCAGAACGCAGCUCGGGUCGGCAGAAGAAACCUGUUCACCGGCCUUGCUAUCGGAGCGUUUGUGGUCGGCAUGUUUAGCUACACCAUCCUAUCCGUCAAACAGGAGAGAAUCAUGGAUGAAAUGGACGAUGAAGCCAAGAUCCACAUCAUGAGGGGGCCGCGGACUGGUGCCAACUCCUAAAGACACUGAUCAUGAACUGUCCUGGACUUAUUUGGUCCGAUUGGGUGUCUUUCACUUUGAGAGGGUGCUGUGAAAUGACACCUAAAAACUAGAGUUAUCCCGUGUGACUAGUGAUGAGUCAUAUCUGCUGAGCUUUUGCCUACCUGUCACUCAAAUUUGGACUCUUCACGACAUUACAGAUUUGUUUUGUCAUGGCUCUUCUUUGUGUUGAAAUGUAUUAAAUUAAGUGUUGAAAUUGUUCAA